CGAGUAAGCCAUAUAGUGGAAUGCAAGCAACACAUAUAAAGUCGUUGUUUUGUUUGUGUUAUUAAACAAUUUCAUCAUCGCACGACAAAAGGACUUUGAAAACACGUUGUCAAAAUGGAGCCAAUAGCAGCACCAGAUCAAGAGCCAAUGGAUCCCAAUCCACCUCCAAAUCUACCUCCAAAUCCACCUAUUCCACCUCUCUCUCCCGAAACAAAAUUACUUCGUUUUUUGCAUACAGGCACAACUUCCAGUUCAAUACCAGUCAAAAUUGAUCUAGAAUUGGAACACAUCAACACCACAUUGGCUUUUGUGAUCCUAAUGGCACGACAAAAUCUACUAAGUCCAAUUGAAUGCAUUAAAACGGUGUAUCAAAAUAAAUCGUAUAUUCGUAUCAACGAGGUUCUCGUUGCAUUGGCCUAUUGUGCAAAACAAGUGGAAAUUGAAAAUCUACGAACGGCUGCAAACACCGCCGCUAUAGACCUCGAUAUGGGUCAAAACGACUUUUUGUAUUUUAACAAAUAUUGCGCAGAGAUAUCAGUCGUUUUACGCGGUCAAAACCAGUUAAACUAUGGUCACGGCAUGUGCCGAGUAGUUGAAAAAUGGUAUGCCAAAUUCACUGCGGAGCAAUUGGCAAAUAUGUUUGGUGAACAUCGAAGUUUGCACGGUUUUACACAUCGUUCAGUUAUAAAACUAAGUCACUUCCGUACAAAAAAACCGGACACAACAAAUCCAGCAACAGAAGAUGAUGCUAUACCAUCAACGUCAACACAAACGACACAAACACGUGCUUCACCGCCCGAACCAGCAGAUGAAGAAUUGCUUGAUCGAGAACAAGUGUUCAAGUUCAUUCAUGUUCGAGGCACACAAGAAUACUUUAAAUACUUGGAUACACAACCCCAUAUCGGUCCCGCUGCAAAACGUUUGAAAACAAUUGAAGAACUCAAAGUAAACGAAAAUGUCGAUACUGCGAUUCAAUCCAUUCGUGACAACCAAUUCACUAUCGAACAAUUACCAGCGCAUUUGUUAGAAACGGAUAGAGUUUGGAGAGAGAUUCUAGAAUAUGAAAAAAGUACGCGCACUCUCUUGAAACACUUCAAUACAUUAAAAGAUUUUAGAUUCUUGAAUGCUAGCUACACGCCUGACUUCGCGACUGACUUUUUAAAGGUUUUUGGUUCAAAUAAAACUGCGUUCAUUGAGGAAAACAUCUGUCCCGUUUUUUUGUACAUUUUUAAGCAAUUGUACUCAAAAAAUAUACGGCAUCUUGGUACAGAAAAGGCCAGGUACUACAAGCAAAAGGUCGAAAAACGUAACAUUUCCACCAAUAAAGCGAUUGAAAAACGCUUGGAUAGUAUGUUUGAAUUAGCUUUGUACAAUGCCAAACCAAUAAAUGCAACGUUUAUGAUCGUUAUGGAUCCACGCAAAGGCAAUCAAAAAAGGACAGUUGUACGUAACAAGCACAUCACCUGCUUCGAAGCAUCACUCGUAUUGGCAUAUUCCAUCUUUCAAAGAGAAAACGAUGCUCUUGUGUACACGUACACCGAUAAGAAAGACAAACUCAACGCCAUCGAGUGGCCCAAAUUGAAAUUUGCAGAGGCCAGAAGAUUAUUCGAAGAUAUAGUAGAAUCCACACAACGUACAGAACAAAGUUUGGCACAACCCAUUUUGGAGGCAAUAAAAUUGAAGAAAAAGGUUGACAUGUUUUUGGUUAUUGUUGAUUCGGUUGCUCGUUUCUGUCGACAGGGACAGGUUCCCGUUGAAGAAUUCCAAAAAUAUCGAUCAGAAUUCAACAAACAUGUAAAGUAUGUUGUUUUAAAUUUAUCACGUCCGACGCCCGAUCUAAUAAUACCCCAAGGCGAUGAUAUGAAAGGGUUCUUCGAGAUUUGUGGCUUCAACGAGAAUACACCGAAAAUUCUCAAUGCAUUGGCAAGUGAUAGAUUCACAUAGAGAAUAGAAAUCACCUAGAGGACACAAUUUUUCCGUUACAUGCCUUAAAAUUCAUAGAAAAAUAUAAACUUUUUAUUUAAGUUAUUCGAGAAACACCUAUAAAUAACUGUUAUCACCAAGAAACUUCGGUAUUCUUAUUACAACCGAGGCGGUUGAAAUAAUUUUCAGUUCAAUGAAAAUAAUUUGUUAACGAAAAACAAAACACACACCGAAAAUGCAUUAAUAACAGUAGAAAGAGAUAGUUAAAAUUCAUUUACAACAAAAAUAACAUAUUUAUCAAAAACAAGGAAUCAUUUAAGAAGAAAAAUUAACGAACACAGUCGUUAAAAUAGAAAAAUAGGUCUUUUAAAAACCAUCAACAAUUCGUAGGGGUUUUUGUUAAGUUUAUGUUCUUGGUUUGAUAUUAUUUCUUUUAAAUUUCAUUCACAUCGUUGAGAAUCUACCAGCUCUUAAAGCAACAUAGAGAUAUUGAAACAGUAUUGUGAUAAAACGAUCAAAUGGAGACAAACGUGAAUAUUUAAAAAACAAAUAUGUUAAACAUAAAAAAAUUCAAAGCGGAAAACCAUAUUAUUGUGCAAAAAAAAAGAAAUGAAAUAUUUUUUUCAUUUGAAUUUCCUUAAAUUGUACUCAUUCUCCGGAAUGAAUGAAAUUAUUUUUAAGCAUUAAAACAAAAAAAAAAUCAAAAUAGCAUAAAAAUUCAAAGCACAUAUUCAAAAGUCAAUCAAAAUGAAAUGACACAGUGUUCAAACAAAUUUUUGUAACAUUAAUUGAAUAAAUACUGCCACAAGCUGACGGUCUAAAAUGUUCUAAAUCAA